ACGGCAUGCAGCCGCAGGCGGCCGUCGCGCAGCCGGUGGCCCGCCAGCCACCUCUCACCUCAACCACCACCACCAAAGCCCGCCGCUUAUGCACCUGCGCGGCCCUCCCUCCCCUCUGCCGCUGUGGCCGGCGCCACCUCAUCGGCUCCACCUCGGCCACCGCUCUCCUCCCUCUGCUCGCCCUUCCCUCGCCCGCCGCCUCGCCCGUCGACCCCGAAGUGAUGCUUGAGCGGGUGCACCCGGCCAGGCCGGAGUGGUACGAGAAGAUGUAUGCCACCGCCAUGGACAGGUUCAUGAAACCGUACGAAGCCGAGAUUUCAGAGUAUAAAUCAAAACUCUUUUCCCAAUUGAUGACUGCUGGGAAGGACAUUCUUGAGCUUGGUGUUGGAACAGGCCCUAACCUCAAGUACUAUGCAAAUGCUGAUGGCGUUAACAUAGUUGGGGUGGAUCCUAACAAGCACAUGGAGGAGUAUGCCAGAGCAGCAGCAGUGUCUGCUGGACUUCCACCUUCGAACUUCACCUUCAGAAGAGGGGUUGGUGAAGCUUUGCCGGCUGAGGACAAUUCAAUGGAUGCAGUCGUUGGCACUCUGGUAUUGUGUUCAGUAAGUGAUGUUGAAAUGGCAUUGAGAGAAAUAAAGCGUGUCCUAAAGCCCGGUGGUGUCUACAUAUUCAUUGAGCAUGUUGCUGCGCCUGAUGGAUCCUUCCUCCGGUUCGUGCAAGGCGCACUUAAUCCUCUGCAGCAAUUUGUCUCUGACGGGUGCCACCUCACCAGGGAAACAGGGGAAAUCAUCAGGGAAGCUGGGUUCUCGAGCUUGGACCUGAACACGACUCGCCUGUCUACCGCAUUUAUCCUCAGCCCCCAUGUUUAUGGAGUAGCAUGUAAAUGAAGUUUCAUUCUGCUGUAUCUAAUCGUGUAAAUUAUUCUUUAAAUUAUCUUGUUGUCCGUCAACAAUAUAGCGUAUUUUGUUUUGUUACAGGAUUUGACCAUCUAUUACUAACCGAUUCCUCUGUUUCAGAAU